AUGUCGUCGCUGAUCGUCGCGCAAGACUCGCGGUUGAUAAUGCUGGAACUAGCCGUGGAGAAUUUGUACAUGCCAUGGACGAGUGUCUUCGACGAGGCCCUCUUGAAGAAGACCGUCAUAAUGUUUCGAAUGCUGGAUAACGAGUGGGUUACUCUGACGCCCCAUCGAAGUGACUACCGCUCUUAUCGGGGAUCCAAUUAUCAGACGGAACGUUUCUACGGCGGCAAGUCGUUGCUGUUCGCCGUGCCGGAAACGACGCUCGAAAGCACCGUGGAUGGUGUCGACGUGCAGAUUUACGUGUACAAACAGGUGUCCAAAUUUUUCGAGCUCAGACGACAACAGAAUUUCGGCUUCGUUCUGGUCAAUGUGGAUACGCAGCUUAACGGUAUUAUCAAGGAUCUACGAGAACGGAAAGAGCUAGACGGUUAUUUUUCCGGUGACCUGGACCGGGAGCCUAUAUCAAGAUCGACGCGCGGCACUUUCACAUUGCUCGACGAUCGUUACCAAGAGACCGAGGCAACGAUCGAGGUGUACAUGCGUAUCAGCUGUCUGGGUAGAUGCAUCAUAACAGAGUUGCACGCCCCGAUGAGUAUACGUAAGGCGUUCUACGCCCGUGAAGAAUCGGACGAUCUCUACGAGUAUCAAUUCCGCGAGCUGUCCACGCAGGACGUCGAAUCGUACCAUUGGGGUAGUAGGACCAUCCUGCCGCCCCUUCAUCCGGACAAACUGAUUUGUCGGUGUCACGAGCUCGAGGGUCCGUGCGACGAGACCACGCAAACAUUGAAAUUGGAUCGGAAAGAGAAACGAAAGAAGUCGGAUUACGCGGCACGUCUGGAGCAGAUGAAGAAGCUGUUGGAACUGAUGAAAGAGAUGCGAAAGAAUCGACCGGAGAUCAUGGGGCACGGACCGGGUCCCAAGAAAAUAUGCCCAAUCGUUGAGACAGCGUCCCCGUGUCCGACAAUCCCGAUGUCCUGUUUCGUUGCUCUGUCCACCGUUUGUCCGAAUCCCUGUCAGAUACCGACCGUUUCCUGUCAGCCGCCACCUUGUUGA